GACCUCAUCCUCGGAACUACAUCGCCGAGCAAUCAACCUUACAAGACGACCUUCCCGAUUCUUGUCCCUUUUCCAGACAAGUUGAAAACAAAAUUUGAAACUCAUUAUCCAGAAAAUGAAAAACAAAACAACUGCGCUCUAUUUGACGAUUUCUUUCUCCGCACUGAGGAAUAUGGAGGAGGCUUCAGAAGAUUCAAAUGCGGCUUCGGAACGUCGUACUAGUUUGAAGAGGAAGUCAAAUGACAUCGGAUGGGAGUGUGGCGAACUUUGCGAUCCAAAUAAGUUGAAUGCUGUUGAGUGCAAGUUAUGCGGUCAUGUAUGCAGAGGCGGUGUUUAUAGGAUAAAACAACAUAUUGCUCAUUACAAGACAUCUGUUAAGAAAUGGCCUCUGUCGUUGGCGGAAGAUAAAAGAAGGUGUCUGGAAGCAUUGCUUGGUGGGAAUAAAGGAGCAAAUAGGCUCAGUGAGGCAAAAAGAGCGAAGGAGGAGGCAGGAUUGAGGGAUGAGUUUAGUUGUAGCAUUCUACCGGGAAAAAGCUUGGAUUUUGAUGUUGAUGAUGUACAAACUAGUGGAGCUAGUAGGGUGGGGAAGCAUGGUCCAAUGGAUAGAUAUCUGGGAUUCCUUUCGAAGCCAUUGAAGCAUCCAAGCUUCCUUGCUUUAUGUGAGGCUUUGGGUAGAUAUGGAAGAGGAUACAGACCACCUAGCCGAUAUCAAUUAUCUGAGCCACUUUUGAAGGAAGAAGUUGGGAGGACAAAGGAGUCACUGAAAAAACAUGAACAAGAGUGGAAGUAUACUGGCUGUUCUGUAAUUAUUGAUUGUUGGACAGAUAGCAAGCAAAGAAGCAUCAUGAACUUAUGUGUAAACUCUGGGAUGGGAACUAUUUUUCUAUCUAGGGAGGAUUCUGAGCAGGCACUCACUGCAGAAUACAUAGCUGAUUAUGGAAUCAGGAAGUUCCCUCAAUUUGAUGGCAUUAUCUCAAAGGCCAAGAACCUUACAAUUUUCAUCCACGCACAUCGCAGGACAUUAAAUAUGAUGCAUAGGAUAACCUUAAGGAGAGAUAUAGUGAAGCUGGGAGUGACAAAGUUUGCAACAACAUUUCUCACCUUGCAAAGCUUAUUUGAGAAAAAAGGAAAGUUGAUGUUUAUGUUCUCCUCUGAUGAUUGGAGUAUGUGCAAGCUCUCUUCUUCUUACAAGGGAAAGGAGGCCUCUGCAACAGUGUUGAGCAUUAAAUUUUGGGAAGGUGUUAAUAGGUGCUUGAAAGUCUUUGGUCCUUUAGUUUUGCGGCUAGGGCUAGGUGAUAAGCCAUCCAUGGGUUUCAUUGUUGGAGAGUUGGAGAACGCAAGGAAAGAGAUAAAAGCAUUUUAUAAGAACAAGCAGGAGAAAUACAAGCCUAUUCUUGAUGUCAUUGAGGAAAACAGUAAAGAUAGGCUUGACACCCCCUUACAUAAGGCUGCAUAUUUGAUGAAUCCUCAUUACUAUUAUAAUGAUCCAACUAUGAGAAUGGAUUCUGGCCUUCAAAAAGCAGCAUUGACUUGCAUUGAGAAGUUUUUAUGGAUGACCCAGAGACAAUGAAUUAGUUCAGAAUGUCGAGUUACUCAAUUACAGGCAUCGUGAAGAUUGGUUUGAUAAAGUGGGUGCAGUUGGUGGAGCAUAGAUGUCCAUGGAUCCAGUUGACCGUUGGAGUAAUUGGGGUUUAAAGACUCUAAAUCUGCAAAACAUGUCAAUGAGAAUUCUAUCUUUGACUGCUAGUGCUUCAGGAUGUGAGCGAAAUUGGAGUACUUUUCAAGGGAUACACACAAAGAAGAGGAAAAGGCUUGAAGCUUCUAGAAUGAAUGACUGGGUUUUUA